CGUCUCCACUUGAGGCAGAGAGCGCCAGGGUUUUAAGAGAGGGGGGCGUCGUUCCUGCUCCCUGCAACUGCAAGCCCCAAAGGCCAAAUCGCUAAUGUCUCUCUGAUCGAUACAGUCACAUAUACACAGAGACACAGUCGUGUGUGUGUGUGUGUGUAUAUAUUUCUUUAUGGCUACCGAAAGCCGUGAGCUCUCGCACAAAGAUGCGGAAUCCAUGGAAGAGAUGGCGUUCCCCGGGAGGCGCUGCUGCUUCUGCAUACCGUGCUUCGGCUCUGGCAGUUCUCCGAUCGCCGGAGCGCACUGGUGGCAGAGGAUGCGGGGGGCAGACUACGAGGAUAGGUGGUGGAGCCGCGGGAUCAGCGCGCUCAAGAAGGUUCGCGAGUGGUCGGAGAUCGUUGCUGGCCCACGCUGGAAGACCUUCAUCCGGAGGUUCAACCGGAACAAGAGCGGCGGCGGCAGGCACUGCAAGUUCCAGUACGAUCCUCUCAGUUAUGCCCUCAACUUCGACGAAGGCGCCGGCCAGAGCGGUAGUCCGGAGGAGGAGUACGGAUUCCGGAACUUCUCGGCAAGAUACGCUGCGAUCCCGAUGCCGGGGGCGGAUCACGUGAAGAACGCGCCGACGUACGCGUGACUCCUCAAGAGGUAAGGGGAGGUGGUGGGGGUGCGCCGGCUGGGCUAAUUUGCGCGUGGGUGCGUACACUACCGGGAACGUGCUAUGGUGGAAUGCGAGUUGGACGUGUAGCUUACCAUGGCUGACACCGGGGCGCAUGUCGUCGAUUGGAGGUGCCUUUUUGUCUUUUGUUUAUAAUAUAUAUAUAUAUAUAUAUAUUGAUUUUGAUUA